UCUAGCCCUUCCUCCACUAGGGUUUAUACUUCUCAGGAAAAAACCCCAGGAUUCCUUCUUCGAUUUCUCCAACUUUUCUCGAAUUCCAAUCUCCGCAUGUAGAAACAAAAGAUAAAACUUCAAGAAAUAAAAGCAAGAAAAUGAGCAGCGCCCCAAUGGAUAUUUCAAUUCCAGAUGCCGCUGCUGAACUUGGGCAUGACGUUGUUGAUCAACAAAACGGCAACGUUCUGGAGCCACCGCUUUCUCUUCCACCGCCCCUUCCGUCUCCUCAACCUCCUCCGGCAAUAGCCGACGAUAAGAUUCCUGUUUCAGUUGAAGUUUGUCUGAAACCAACUAGCACGGCUCGCAUUGAAGAUGUUCGUGCUGCCGUUGAAAGGAUGCUGGAACAUAGGAAUAUGAGCUAUGUUGAUGGGCCCAUUCCUGUGCCAUUGGAUGAUUCAUUUCUUAUUGAGAAUGUACAACGCAUUUCAGUUUGUGACACAGAUGAAUGGCUGGAUAACCAUGAUGUUCUUUUGUUCUGGCAAGUCAAACCCGUUGUGCAUGUUUUUCAGCUAAGUGAAGAAGGACCUGGUGAAGACUUAAAUGGUGAUGGCCAACUUUCUAGCUUCAAUGAAUGGAUGCUUCCUGCAAAGGAAUUUGAUGGCAUGUGGGAAAGCUUGAUAUAUGAAUCUGGUCUCAAGCAGAGAUUAUUGCGUUAUGCAGCAAGUGCUUUGCUUUUUACUGAAAAGGGUGUUGACCCUUUUCUUGUUUCUUGGAACCGUAUCAUUCUUCUGCAUGGACCUCCAGGAACAGGGAAAACAUCACUCUGCAAAGCACUGGCUCAAAAACUCUCUAUACGAUUUAGCAUCAGAUACCCACAAUGCCAGUUGGUUGAAGUAAAUGCACAUUCCUUAUUUAGUAAAUGGUUUUCUGAGAGUGGCAAGUUGGUAGCAAAGCUAUUCUCAAAAAUUCAAGAAAUGGUGGAAGAAGAAAACAACCUGGUAUUUGUUUUGAUUGAUGAAGUUGAAAGCCUUGCUGCUGCAAGAAAGGCUGCAUUGUCUGGUUCUGAGCCAUCAGAUUCUAUACGGGUCGUGAAUGCGCUACUGACCCAGAUGGACAAACUAAAGACCUCCCCAAAUGUGAUAAUAUUGACUACCUCCAAUAUAACUGCUGCUAUUGAUGUAGCCUUUGUUGACCGAGCUGAUAUUAAAGCAUAUGUGGGGCCUCCAACGCUUCAGGCACGCUAUGAAAUUCUAAGAUCCAGUUUGCAGGAGCUACUACGAACUGGAAUAAUCUUGUCAAACCCUGACAUGCAGGAUGGCCAUAACGUCAUUCUUUCAAAUUUUACUGGUUUAAAAGAGAAGUUGAAUUCCACGGUGCUACCAGAAUCUCAAUCCUCAUUAAGUCUUUGUAGAAAAUUGCUCGAAGCUGCAGAAGCAUGUGAGGGAUUGAGUGGGAGGUCCCUCAGAAAGCUUCCAUUUUUGGCACAUGCAGCCCUUGCCAAUCCAUACAGUUGCGAUCCAUUCAGGUUUUUGAUUACUUUGACAGAAACAGCUAGGCGAGAAAGUGCAGAGAUGCCUGACUGAGAUAUGGGUUAUGUAUUAACUGCAAGGUUCUAUCAUUGGUGCAUGAAAAGUUCAAAAUAGUGGAAGACUUUUUAACUAAUUUAAAUGGUUGGUAACCAGCAAGGUCUCGAGCACAGGAUCGUGUAGAUUUCAAAGGCUAACUGAAAUUUGAUAAUAUCCCUCAUGAAACCCCUAUCCCUCUCCCCGUUUUGUCCAUUUUGUGUAAAUGAAAGAGGAUCAAGAGAAGCAAUUUCUUUUGACUUGACAUCAUACGAGAAUUCUGUUGUAAGCUUACUAAUUUGAUAUGUAACUAACGAUUUAGCUGUGUCCUACAGCUAAUAGUAAUUGCAAUCUCAG